CGUUCAAUUCCGUUUCCGGAAAGGAGUCGACCGGUAAAGUGAUAACCUGCUAAGCCUCAAAUAAAAAAAAAAUGAUAAAGUACAUGAGCAAGCGCCAGAAGAAACGCAAGAGGGCCGGUCAGAGGCAUAGUGAACACCAAAAAGUGACAACUACGAAAAUUCAGCCUAGGGAGGGGUACAUUAAACAACCAAAUCCACCGGCCGACACUUUUUCGCCCGCAGAUAAACGGCCUCCGCAGUCCUCCAUGCCGAAGGACAAGUCGAGCCAGAGCAACAGCAAUAGCAAUGGCAAUGGCAAUGGCAAUGGCAGUCCGAGGAGCCUGAUGGCCAAUGGAUACUCGCGGGGAUCCACCAAGAGCAGCAGCUUCACGAGCGAGGAGAGCAACACGUCCGGCUACAUGGAGGAGAAGCUGCCGCGUCCGCCCUUGGGUUACUAUCACUACCAAAACGCACACACACCCACCUUGUGUAACUUCAUAGAUGCUGAGUUCUCGAAACUGCCCACAGGGAAAGCCGACAAGUUGCCGAAGAAGCCAUGGCCAAAGAAAUUGUUGCCGAAGAAGCCAUUGUCGUCCAGCUCCUCCGAGACGGACGUCUUCAGUUCCUGCCUGUCGAUCACCAGGGAGCUGAAGCAGGAGCAUCUCGAUCUCGAUCUCGAUCUGCCAUCCGAUCUGUGGGUGCCUGGCCAAGAGGAGGCGCCCACACGCACCUCCGUUCUGUGCGACAACCACAACGAUUCCAGCUCCUCGAUGUUCUCCGACAUGGAGGAGAGCUACUUUUCCGCCUGUGACUUUGGGCCGCUGAUGAUUGAGGACAAGGGCGAUUCGGGGGGCACUGGCUAUCCCAACCCUUUGCCCUGGACCAACCCCAUGAACCACACCUGUGGCGAUGUGCCCGAGGAGUCCGACGAGGAUGAACCCGAGGAGGGCCCGGGCCUGAAGCCCAUUGGCUACGAGAUGCUCUUGUCCAGGCGGGAGUUACGUAAACGGGUCACCAAACUCGUGGAGAGCGUCAAGAGCGUUAGUUAUCUGUGGGACGCCCCCGAUGCCAAGGACGAAAACCCCUUUGGACCGCCCAAGACCAUUUGGAGUGUCGAUCGCCAUCAGCUGAACCGGACACUGAACCUCAAGGAACCGAGGAUCCAUCCGGACUCCAAUGGCAUUCAGUUGCCUCAGGCUGCGCUGCCACAAAGGAUAUAUCCCAUCGCCAAUCCGUUCUUCUACCUCAACGGAUAUAUGUUCUCGCCGGCCGUUUUCAAUGUCUUCACUCCCGAGUACGGACAACCCACGGCCUUCUGUGUCCAACAGCCCGCCAAUUGGCAGCCGUGGUGGCGCCAGCGCCUCAUCACCAACGGCGACGUCUGGGACGAUGCCAACUACAUCAACUACGUGGCCCAGAUGGAGCCAUUUCCGGCGAACGUGGACCCGGAUCUGCUGCACGCCGCCCAACUGUACGCCAUCUACGGCGAGCACUUCUUCGAGUCGGAGAUGGGCAGGCGGUUCUACCAGUACGACCAGCGCGUUCCCCAGCGGACGAUCCCGCAGUGGCCCGUCUAUCCGCAGGUCCAGUACCAGUACCAGUACCAGUACCAGUAUCCCUGGUACCACUUCCAGUAUCCCCAAUACUACUCGGCUGCUCUCCAGCUCGCCGGCUGGCAGAAGCCCGUGGUCAACUUCAAUCCGAUUCGCCAGGCACAACAGCAGCCAAUUCGCACAUGGAAACUGGAGGCUGGUGGAGGAAGGAAGGCAUCUCGCCAGGGGGGAUUUGGCCCUGGAUUGUCUGGACUUGGAGGGUCUACUGGUCCUGGGAAAGCUGUCGGCACCCACAAGAAGGCAACGGCCAGCAUAAUCCUGAAGCUGGAGGGCUCCUUGGCGGCAGUUGUCACCACCGGCAAGGUCAGCGGUGCUGGUGGUGCCAGUGGUGCUAAUGGUCCGUCGAAUGCCACUGGCUCCAGUGAACCACUCGCCUCGAAGCUCGACGACCUCAGCUUAAACGUAACGAACUUUCCACCGCUUGCUCUGCCGAAAAAAAAGAGCAAGAAGUAAAUAAAUGAAAAGAAUAAUGGACCUGGACAUCAAAAUGAGGAACACUCAACUCAUUUUCAAAGCACACACGUUUAACACACAUUUCAUGCCAUAUACUUUAAAGUAGAAUGUCACUAAUCCAGAGUCGAAGUUGCAUUUAAAAAGCAUGCACACAUUUUUUUUUUCAAAUA